GAUUACAGGAGCCUACAUAUGCGGAACAGAACCCGCUUCCCAUUGUCUUCAUGUUCUCUUCACAAGCAUACAUGGAUAAAAUAACCCUACGACCUGUGUCUGAGGUGGGAAAAGUAUCGGAGAGUUACAAAGAGAAAUGGUCUAUACCUCUGCUCUUGUGCUUGGACCCGGAGUGUCCGUCGGGAUGGAAAAAGAAAACGUUGGGGAUUUUCUGAGAAAGUUUGUCCUGCGAUACAUCUUGGACAAAGACAGCCAGCAAACCUGUGGUGGACUUAAGAAAGCAAUGAGUUCAUCGAGUCUCGGAUCGGAGUGCAGUUUGGAGGAGGAGAGGGAAGAGCGAAGCCUACAGCUCGACCUGGUUCGUCGGAUUGAGAGGUGUUUGUCCGACGCCAAGACAUCCAGUCUCAGGUGCCGAGAGCUUUUGCUUCCCCGCGGGAUGAUCUCCUACAUUGCGCGAGACAUCCUCGCAGCCUCCAUCGACGAACCGUGCGGACUCCGUGGCGCACUGGUUCACCUGUUCUUAGAGGCCAAAGGGGCGCUUCAGAAACUGGGCAGCGUCGUCCCCGCGGAUAACCUCACCUCGACGUUUGAGCUCUCCGUUGUGCUUCGACCGGAUCAAGACGGCUGGCCACCCCUCAGGAAUCUCUUCGGGACCGAUAACGUGCUCCGCCUUCGACCAGAGUAUCGGCCUCAUUAAGCAGAAACUCUACUCAUCCGCCAGUCCUACCAUCCAAGAGCACAACUGUUGGUUUUAGAAUGGUUCAGUGGAGGUGUUUUCACUAGGUCUAUAAAUUAACAUGCACUGAUCACUUUUCUCAAUUUAUUUUCAUAUUUCCUUGAUUUGCACACUUUGAGAUGGGAUAUUUUGUUACAUUCCUUUGUUAGGCCUUUGUCGGCAAAAACAAUAACUAAGUGAAUGUCAAUUUAUAAUGACACUAGUAGGUUGUAAUGUGCUGACUGGCUUAGACUAUGGGAGUAUGCUUGCUUACACUGUUGUGUAUUUGGACAGUUGAAUGCACUGAUGUCACAACUGAUAGGGGCGCAUGAAGUAUCAAGAGGUGUGAUAGAGGUGAGCCUCCUUAUAGGUUAUUACACUAAUCUGAAGUGCUAACUCAAGGUUGAUCCAGCAGGGUCAUGCUGUUAGCAGAACGUUAAGCUUCACUGUUCCACCGUUCUAUUUGGGAAUGUUGACUAGUGAGGACUGCAAGCUACUGGCACGUGCUAUUGCAUUACUUAUUGAUCAACAGGAAUGUUGUGCGAGUAUCUUUAGAUUAUUCAUUGUGACAAAGCUGCUAAAGAAACUGUAAAAGGUUAAGUGUUUUUAUUUUGAUCUGUGGUUUUAUCGGAGUGUAUAGCUGUGCUGAACGAGCUGGUCUUGUCCAUUGUAUGCCUUUGAUAGGAUUUUGUAUGUGACCCUUUUCAGUGUUUCUACUAAAGUGAAAAAAAAGUGAAAUAUUCCAAUAAAUAUGUUUACAGAUUGCAGAA